CUUGAUUUCUCUCGUCUAUCUUUAAAUUAUUAGGCCUCACAGGCCCAUCAUGAUCGGCUUCUCCGCCUUUAUUCUACGCAAUUAUUACGCUGCGAUUGGAUGGAAUGAAGACAACUUGUAUAGUUCUCUCACGCGAACAUCCAGUGCUUUACUAGAUUUCCAACUACCGCAAUCACUCAUUUUACAGCUCGCCAACUCGCCAACACCUAUAUUUUUCACUUCAUAUGCUCUCGAUGCGCUCCCACAACUUAAUGGUUCAAUAUCGUACAUCACAACCUCGAUGCCACUGGAUGAGAUCGGAUCUGGUCGAGCGACUGCCUUCAAAAAUGUUAUUGAGAGAUUCAGAGUUUUCCCACCACCAAAGAGACCACAGCCAAAGGAUGAAGUGUGGCUUGGAGGAAAGAGAAUCGAAGGCAGAGAUUACCUUUUGUACUCUAGACUACAUCUCCCUUCUCUCCACCUAUCCGGUCUAGCAACCACUCGACUCACACCAACUCUUCAAGCGCACCUCGCUUUCCUAUCUCAACCUGCACAUCCGACAUCUACUCGACCUACACCUCCUCAAACACCUCCUUCGCACACUCGCCAACCGUCUGAACCAUCAACACCAGCCCCGUCACCAACACCGGGAAAUGUCUUCAUCUCAUUGCAGCAUGACACCGGUCGAUAUUGUGGAGAGUACACGUAUUCAGUGCAAGACGGAAUGGUCGGCUUGAGGACUCUGUAUAACUUUGGGUGGCAUGGCGACGAGGAGAGCGAGGUUGACAAAAAAGAGAGAAGAGAAAGAGAGGGAAAGAGGAUUGAUGAGGAGGAAAUGAUGGAGGGCGGAUUGAAGGGCCGGUUUUCUGCUGGUGGAGAGGUGUAUUUUUCUGCUAAACAGAGAAGCUUUGGCAUUUCAACUGGAUUGAGAUUCACAACUGUACCUCCAACAUUACCCCUUCCCCUCAACGCGCCUGUCCCAUCGCCUCCUACUACUCUCACUCUUCUCUACAACCCCCUCAUUGGCUUCCUUUCAUCCGCCUACUCUGCCCAAGUUUCACCCACGGUUGCUCUAGCCACUCGGUUUGGCGUCAAUGUCUACUCAUACGAAAGCGAUCUCAGCGUCGGCGGUGAAUGGUGGAUCGGCAGACGGCGUGGUAAGCGGGGACUUACUACGGAUGCGGAGCCUCAACUUGAUGCAGAAUCUCGAGAUCCUGUGGUGACCGGCAUCGAAGAGAACAGAGAAUUGACGGAAAAAAUGGCCCAGCGGGCGUCUUUGCGGCAAGUCACCUUGAGGGAUGAGAUAGGAGAAGACGUGCAUGCUGAGAAGGAGCUCUACUCUCCAAUACCUGUAAUGACAGAUGUCAAUGCUGGGGAAUUGGCGCAACAGAUAUCGCCAAGGUUGCAACCGCAGCAAGACCUUGAUGAUGAGAGGGAUGGAGUACUAAAGGCCAGAUUAUCGGGUAACUGGCAAUUCGCACUCUUGUACGAGGCGAGAAUUAGGAACUGCUUGGUAUCUGCCGGAGUAUUAGCAGACCUCACAGGAAGACAACAUCCCAUCAGGAGCAUUGGUCUGGAGGUGCAAUACUUUUCAUGAACAUGAUAGUACUGCAUUGAUAGGGUUAUAGAGUUCAAUAGUACAAGUCAAUGGUUUAAGUAUUUCGGAACGCUAAAAAUUACUGAAAAUUACAAGGGGACUAGGUCUAAAACGGUUAAUUUACUCAUCUCCCCAACCGACGUGUUCCACGUCCUUCUCAAUCUUGCGUGUCUUCUCAAAAUGCACAAAUUUCGUUCCGCUUUUUCCUCGCCCACCUCUCUUCCUCGAAUACUCUCCCUUCGGAGGACGGAUCUCAGGUCGCGGACCAUACUACGCAACAACAACCUCAUUGGACCACCAAUCCUUCUCCAGCGCAACGACCUCUUCCCCCAUCAAAGAGCAAUCUGUUGCAGUAGACCCCGCAGAGGAACUACUACCAUGUUGCAGGCUCGUAAGGGUGUUGACGCAUGAAUGCGAUGUAGAUGGGCUGCCACUGUGCAGAUGGUUCUGGAAGAGAGAAAGGGAUGAUAGCGAAAUAAGUGAGGGGGACCGACCGAAGAAUUGUCGGCCCGGCGGCAAAGGGUGGUAUUGCGCUACUGACGGAGACAGCGUUGUUGCUCGCUGAUAAAACCCCGUGAGGACGGAAAUAUGGAGGGAUGAAGCUGUUGGCACCUUUGAGUAUGCAGCGAGUACUGAGGAAAUGGUCUUUAUCAAGCAGUCCAGUCGCUUUUCAGGAGAUAAUCGGCGACAAUUUUUGAGGUUUUCAGUUGAGGCUCGACAUUUUUGUGGCGAGCGGGUCCAAAAUUGGAGGGUCAUUCUGCAUAGUUGUUAAUGGUGGCGAAGGAUAAAAGUUAUCUGAGAACAUUCAGUUAACAAUCCGGCCUGCUGCUCUUUAUAUGCAACCAUCUCACGAUAAGUCGACCGGAUAUCAUUCGUAUCACGCCAUCAAGGUAAACGUAGAGGCUACCAAGAAAGGGGCUUGCUUUUUACUCUCAAGUCACGGAUCGUGAUGUGAAACAUAUCUGAGCUCGAGAGCGCAGGACGGUCAUCGGAAAGGAUGAAACAGGAUUAUUAGUUGUGAUAAAAUAGUCAAUGAAGCGGACGGAUGUUGAGGCAUGAAGAGAAGAAGUGGCCGCCCUCCAUAGACAAGUGGUCUCGCUUACAUGGAGGUUCAGAUGUCGUAAGCGUUCGUUAGUUCGGCGAUGAGUAGUUUGGUUGAAUGGAUGCGAUGACAAUCCUUUGAGACGAGGUGAAGGAAGACAAUGGGGUCGUUAUCCGGAUAAUCCCGGAUUAAGCAGCCAUCGAUUAUUGCUGAGAGUUUUGAUGUCGUUUUUGUUCUGAUAAGACGGGAUUCCAAGCCGACAUAUUCGAGAAGAUUUCGAACACAUCGAGAGCAAGGAGUUGGCCAUAA